AUGAACCAUUCAAUUCUGUCGAGGGCAACUCUCACUCACCACCGCCAGUCAGCCUCUUACAAGAGAGUUGUCGCCCCUCAUGAGCUAGUGGACGGUAGCGGGCGCGGAGAACCAACGGCUGAGCUGCAUUCAACCCUUGGCCAGACCGCAAUUCGCACUCUAACCCGACCGUUCAUCUUUAUGGGGAACAUGUUUCAAGACUCACUCGGCGCGCCCCUCGACAACUGGCCAAUUCAUUGUUUCGAAGAAAGCCACGAAUUACAGCCGAGGCGCAUUAAUAACGUCAAACGCCCUCGACUAUUUUUUUUAUUUUUAAUUAACAAUGCUUUCCGGUUGCUGGAGGAGUUUUCAGGAGCCGGGGGAAAAUCAACGGCGCAUCCCCAGCCUGAAUGUUCCCCCCCCUCCUUUUUUUGUCGUUCGCUACCAAGAUUCCCGGCGUUCAUAGAGGCAGCAUUUGCAACAUCAUUUUAUCAUCAUUAUUUUCAUCCUCUCGCUUCAACUGUUGCGUCAGGCUGCUGCAUAUUGUUUAUGGGAGGAUAG